GUCUGUCCCGCCUGCCCAGUCAGCGCGGUGCUGCCCGUAAGGCACUCGGAGCCAGAGCCGCCGCCCAGGGGGAUGCGGAAGCCCCUGGCUCCGGGGAGCGGAGAGGCAGGCGGGGUGAGGGGCGUUGCCACGCAAAGGGCGAGCGCCGUGGUCAGGGUACUGGUCGGGGAAAGGGCUCUGCUACUUGGGUGUCGGGGUGGGGGCCUCGUUGCCAGGUGAUAGGAAGAGGGGAUCAUGUUGCCUAGAGACUGGGGAGGGGGCCCUAUUGCCAGGUGACAAGAGGAGAAACCUUGCUGUUUAAUGGCAGGAGAAGGGAGUUUUCUGUUGCUAGGAGACCAGAAGAGACCCUGUUACCUAGAGACAGAGGAGGAUUCCUUUUGCUAGCAGGAGCCAAGGACGGCAUGUCCCAGGCCCCAGGAGUACAGCCGAACCAGCAGUCCUCUGUGUACCACGAACGGCAACGCCUGGAGCUUUGUGCCGUCCACGCCCUCAACAACGUUCUGCAGCAGCAGCUCUUUAACCAGGAAGCUGCUGAUGAGAUCUGCAAGAGAGCCCCAGAUGGGGACAGAGGUACAGUUGCUUUGAGGAAGCAGGGCCCAGAGAGGUUGGCCCCAGACUCCCGGCUGAACCCCCAUCGCAGCCUCCUGGGCACUGGCAACUAUGAUGUCAAUGUGAUCAUGGCCGCCCUGCAGGGCCUGGGCCUGGCCGCCGUGUGGUGGGACAGGAGGAGGCCCCUGUCCCAGCUGGCCCUGCCCCAGGUGCUGGGGCUGAUCCUGAACCUGCCCUCACCUGUGUCACUUGGAUUGCUGUCCCUGCCUCUGCGCCGGCGGCACUGGGUAGCCCUGCGCCAAGUGAAUGGUGUCUACUACAACCUGGACUCCAAGCUACGGGUGCCUGAGACCCUGGGGGAUGAGGAUGGUGUCAGGGCCUUCCUGGAGGCUGCCCUGGCCCAGGGCCUGUGUGAGGUGCUGCUGGUGGUGACCAAGGAAGUGGAAGAGAAGGGCUGCUGGCUGCAGGCAGGCUGAUCCCAUGGCUGACUCUUGCUACCACCCAUUGUGGUCCCUGUGUGACCACAUCCACUUGAGUGCCAGGGAAGGGGCUGCACUCUGUGGACCCUAAGGAGGCUCCAACCCCUCCCCUACCCCUACGCGCCACUGCCGCUACUGCCUCAAUAAAUCUGCUGAUUUGUUCCC